AUGAGUUUUGAACCUUAUUAAGAAACGAAGAAGAAUGUGAAAGUUGCACCUAUAAAAAUAGUGUAAAACUAAAAUGAGAUGAAUGUCUCUUAAAAUCAGAUGGCAACAUAUCCUCAACUUAAUUUAUAAUUCCCAUUUCAUAAUAGAUGCACAAAUUAUAAAUAAUUCACUCCUGCUGUUACGAUUCCAUUAAGCUUUUUACAAUAACUCAUUUAAUAGGCGUAAUCGAAUAAGAUAUUAAAUCAAUUGAUUGAACCAAAAAUACCAUUUGUAAAACAAGAAUAAUCAGAAGCUGUUAAUAACCUCAUUACAUAAAUAUAAUAUUAAAAAUUAGAAAAUAUUAAACAGCAAGAUGAAGAUACGCAAAUUAAAAUGUAUUUGAUAAAAAGUUAAAUGAAAUUUAUAAUUGAAGAUUUUGUAUCCAAGGAGAGAGUGCAACUUUAUUUUGCUGACAAUGAAAACUUAUUACCUCAUUUCUGGAAGUGGAUUAAAUCCAUUGAAUUAAAAGGCUAAGAGGAGAUGCUAAUUUUGUGUUACACAAACCCUUCAAACACUAGGAAGAUUUAAGAUAUUUUUAAAUAAUUAUUUCAAACAUUAUCAAUCGAGUUUUACUAAAACCAUGCUUAUGCUCAAAUUCUGAGAUCCAAUCUCUAAGAUAAAAUUAGAUACUUAUCGGCAAUAGGAGAUAUCUUAAAUAAAAUCAUCAAGCCAUAAGAUUAUUUCUAUUUUAAUAAUGCAUGAUAAAUAAGGAAUUUUGUUAUCAUAUUAGAAAUAUAAAAUA